AGCGGGUCGCCGGGCAGCAGGCUUGGUUGUGCAGCCGUUGCGACUCGCUGUGAGCGGCCAUUGGUGGUACCCGAGUGUGUGUGUGUAAAAGAGGGAGGAAAAAACCCUGUGGGUUUCUUUUAUAAAGGCUGGUAGAAUAAUCCAGUCUUCGGGGGUCAUUCCACCCCGGGCCUUUUGUUCGUUUCUUUUCUUUUCCACCCUCCCUCAUUUUUUAAAAAAAAACAAUUGUUUUGAUCCAUCGAGUCACUAUGCCACCCAAGAGAAAGGUUGCUGGAGAGCCUAGAGAAGAGCCAAAAAGGAAGUCACCACGGUUGUCAGCAAAACCACCACCACCCCCAAAGCCAGAGCCAAAACAAAAGAAGGCAUCAACUAAAAAAGAUAGGGCUGCUAAUGACAAGAAGGAGGAAAAGAAAGCACCAACAAAAGGGAAAAAAGGAACAAAAGGCAAAGAAGAAACUAACCAAGAAGAUGCAAAGGAAGAAACUCCCUCUGAGAAUGGAGAAGCCAAAAAUGAUGAGGCACAGUCUACUGAAAGCUGUGAAGAGAAAGAAGCCAAGUCAGAGUAACUGCAUCUGCCCGUCAUCUCCAUCAAUGGCAUCCAUACCUCCAUACUGUAUUGUUAACAGAGAGGAAUAUUUUUAUCAACUAUUUUAUAAAUACAAGGUUUUUUUAGCAUGAAUUUAAUUAUGGAAACACCCACAUCUCAAGAUUAUUUAGGGUAUGAAACCCUAAAGAAUCAUUGUUUUAAAAUUGUGAUUGUCAUAGUUAGUGUGAUAUGUGGGAGAAGUAAAUGGUGGUAGUUAUUGACUUCUGUCAAUGUUCGUCUUGUGUCAUACUUAAAAAGGUCUGAUUUAAUUCACCAGGUAUUUGUGGUAUUAGGCUAUUACAAGUGGGGAAGAAAAAGUUGUUUGUCAAAACAUUCCAGUGGUUUUGUGGGUUAGUUUUGUAACCAGGUAAAAUAUUUUGGUGAAAAAAAAACAUGGGGCCUGGAAAUCUAAUGUGAAAAAAUGUUUUAAUUUUAAAUUUGUCAUUUUUGUAAAGAAAAACCUUUGCAAUCAUGUGAAUCAAGUUUCUAAUGGAAAUUAACAUCUCUUUUAAAAGGGCAGAUGGCUGUAUGUACCCACUUCCUGUCAGAAGUUUUGCUGGAUGAUUUACCUUAAUAAAAAGAAAACUCCCCAAAGUUUUGCUACA